CUUAGAUUAUAAUUCUGUGAUGGAGAAAUCAAGUUCAUCUCCUACCAUCUCUGGGCAGCAGCUGCAGAGGCAGGAGGGCCUGAGCAACAUCAAAGCAGACAUGGCUAAGCAAAGUCUCAUUUCAUCUGAGAAAUGGCUUCAACUGUAUGGGCUUAAGAGCAACAAAUUAACCUUGAAACAGAUUUUGUCUCAGAUCGGAUUCCCACAUUGUGAAGAUUACGUGACUUCUCUGGGGAGACCUGUUGCUUCUCGGUAUGCCAAUGGCUUAUUUCCACAGUUCUACAGAGCAGAAGAUGACAGAGUGUACAAUCUGACAGCUAAAUCAAAACUGAUCUAUGAAUUUGUGGAGUAUUUACAACAAGCUGUAGAGAUCUACAAGCAGCGGAUGGACUGGCUCACGAGCAGAAGUCGGCAGAUUUUUGGUGUCGUCUUGGAACAGUGUGUCACUAUAGUGCUGGAUUUUGGCGGCAUUCUGAAGGGAGAGCUUGAUCUGUGCCAAGAUGCUCUAAUAAUGAUCCUCCAGGAGCAGGUGGUUCACAUAACCAAGUUCAACAUCAUACAGGUUUCUACGGAGCCUGUGAAAUGGCAGGAAAAGGCUACUCCUGUGACAGAACAAUCCAUAGCCACUGCCAUCAACUGGGUUGAGAAACUGACUGUUAAGCUGACCAUGAGCAGGAUUAGCCCCCUGGAUGCUCUUCAGGAAGCUGGGAAAGACAAAACUAUUGAAUCCAUUUACUACUUUGUGGUGGGGGAUGUUCCUGAGGAAUCCAAGCAGCUUCUCCUCCAGGGAGUUUUGCAGAUCCCAUGUCCAGUCCACACAGUGUCCUUCAAUGCCAGAGGAGAAGGCACCAUAGCUUUCCUAAAGGAGCUGAGUGCCAAGACCCACAGCAGGUUCCACGCAUUUGCUGAGAGAACAGAGUGCGUAGCACUUUCUGCGUUCUUCCCAAAAGAUGGUGACAAUGCGACAACUUGGAAUUCAAGGAAACUGAAAGGAAAACUGCCUCCAGGGGCAGGCGUCAGAGAGGACGUGUUUCUCAUCUGGAGGGAGAUGAAGGAAGCUUGCAGCACGCUGGCCCAGAUGCAGAGGCUGGUGGCCGAGCCUCCCACGUCCAACGUGACCACAAUAGACUGCGAGUCAGAAGCAACCUCUGUCGAGAUCAUGUUAAAUCCAGAAGACACCUGGGACUCUGAGAAGUGGCUGCAGAAAUACGGUUUGAAGGCCCAGAAGCUGUCGUUGUAUGAUAUCCUCGCAGAAUGCUCCUUCCGCCACGCUGAUGGAGUCGUGGAUAUAAAAGCCAAACCAGAGGAUGAGUCUGUGCAGACCAAUGCGGAGACCAUUAAGAAGACAGUCCAUGCAAAAUACUGCAGCAGGUUUGUCCACGCUCCCUGGAAGGAUGGGAGCUUGGUCCACGUCAACAUCACCAAGGAGAAGUGCAAGCUGUUCUGUGAGAGGAUUCACGCCGUCCUGGCCCAGAUCCAGCAGAGGAUUCAAUGGCUGCAGGACAGUAGUCAAAUCCUCUUUGGAAAAGUACAUCGUGAUUGCAUCUACAUCCUCAUUGAUACAUCUCACUCAAUGAAGAGCAAACUGGACUUGGUGAAGGACAAGAUCAUUCAGUUCAUACAGGAACAACUAAAAUAUAAAACUAAAUUCAAUUUUGUGAAGUUUGACAGUCAAGCAGUUGCUUGGCGGGAAAAACUCGCUGAAGUCAAUGACGAUAAUUUGAAACAGGCUCAGUCCUGGAUUAGAGGCAUUCAGAUUGGAAGUUCCACAAACACAUUGAAUGCUCUGCAAAUUGCUUUUGCUGACAAAGAAACCCAAGUCAUCUACCUUAUGACAGAUGGGAGACCUGAUCAACCACCUGACAUGGUUAUAGACCAUGUCAAAGUUUUUCAGAAAAUUCCAAUAUAUACUAUCUCCUUCAAUUACCAUGAUGACAUUGCAAAUGGAUUUUUGAAAGAACUUGCUUCUUUGACUGGAGGAGAGUUCCAUUUUUACAAUUUUGGUUACAAGGACCUUCUUUCUCCAGAGGCUAUUCAGAAUAAAGAUCUGACUCUUUUAGUUAAGGAAAUGGAGCAGGGGCAGAGUGACCUGGAGAAGGUGCAAGACCUUUAUUCUGAGUCCUUGAUCAUGGAUUGGUGGUACAACGUGGAAAAGGAAGGAGACAGCAAGCAUCAAAAGGAAAUCUGUUCUAUGGUUUCAACCCCAGAAAAAUGUGCAAAACUUCAAUCUGAUGUCGAAUCAAUGAGAGCCUGGUCCCUGAAUAUGUUGAAAGAACCAUCAGGCCUUUUGGAUCAAAAGAGUCAGAAAAGGAAAGUCCUCCAUGCAGAAUCAACUAAAACCAGCUUGCUCAGAAGCCAGAUGUCCGUCCUCAAGAGCUUAACAUGCAGUGAAAGGAAGGAUGACAACCAGUUCCACACUGCUCCACAUGACACAGAAGUAGGCAUCUUGCUAACAGAUGAGUGUCUCAAUGACAAAUCCUCAGAAAAACUUACUCAAGAAGGAAGCCAAGUUUAUGAUGAUAUUUCAGAUACAUCUUCAGAAAACUGGCUCAAGACCUAUGGCUUGGUUGCCAGGAAACUGACCAUCAUGGAUGCCUUGUCAGUGGCUUCAGUCCCCCACACCUCGACCUACAUCCCCAUUCUGGACAAGCACGUUGUUUCCAAAGUCUUUGAUGAGGUGUUCCCUCUGGCACAUGUGUCCAGCGACACAAAUAAUAUGAUGUUAAUUAACCCCAAAGGAAUCAAGCUCAGUGUUUACAAGAGAAAAGUGGAACAGGCGAUUAAGUCCUAUGAAAAACGCUUGAAUAAAAUUGUUUGGCGAGCAUUAUCUGAAGAGGAAAAAGAAAAGUUGGAUGCAAACAAACCAAUACGGUACUUAGAAAACAAGACAGUUUUAAACCAGGCAUUGGAACGGUUGAAUUGGCCCAUUUCAGUGAAAGAGUUGUCGAUGCUAGAAAAUGAAAUCCUAGCUGGAAAAAUGUACAUCCAUCAGGCCAUGGAGCUCCAGGAGGCCGCCAGGAAGAAUUAUGUGAACAAGGCACUGGCAGAGCCACAGAAAUUGCAAGCCAACUCUACAAAGAAAACCAAACCAAAAAAGCCGGAUCCCCUCAAAGGCCAGAAGGUUAUUGCAAGAUGUGAUGAAAAUGGAUUUUAUUUUCCAGGGGUUGUCAAGAAGUGUGUGAGCCCCACCCAGGCACUAGUGGGCUUCGGGUAUGGAGACACCAAGGUUGUGUCCACCUCGUUCAUCACACCUGUGGGGGGUGCCAUGCCCUGCCCUCUGCUCCAGGUUGGAGAUUACGUGUUUGCCAAAAUUGUGAUACCUGAAGGAUACGACUUCUAUGUCCCGGCCAUUGUCAUAGCACUUCCGAGUAAGACCAUGACUGCAGAAAAGUUCUACACAGUUUUGAAGUGUAACAACCGGAGAGAAUUUUGUCCACGGAGUGCACUUAUUAAGAUCAGCCAAAACAAGUACGCUCUGUCUUGCUCUCACAUAAGGUCACUCCCAAUUCAAGAGGAUCCAAAAGUGUAA